AUGGAUUACCAAAACGCUCAAACAGAACAAGAAGAGACUUCUUACCUAGUGAGCCGACCAGUGCCCGACAUAGAUGGGUUUUGCCAUAACUACACACUUCGCCGUCAUAAGUAUGAGCAAAAUGCCAACGAAGGGUCUUCUCGCUGUCGUGAUGAUUGGAGGAAAUACAUUGGCCCCAUUGAGCGUUGGGGCAGCUGCAAUCCAUUUGAUGGGCACUUUGCAUCGGUAGUCCUACCGCUGUGCAAGCCCGAGAGAUUAGCACUGGUCUCAUAUGUUUUUGAAUAUGCUUUUCUGUACGACAAUGUAUUGGAAUCUGUAUCAAAGGUGUCGUUGGAUGAAGGAAACGAUAAUAUUGUUUUGAACGAGACCGAAUAUCGCACCGUACGAUCAACGACUGGAACCAAACAAAUACAGUCUAAGAUGCUGUUGGAGCUCCUGGAAAUUGACAAGCCAUGUGCUGAAGUCGUGAUCACAGCCUGGAAGGAAAUGGUUGCGACGACCGCGUCUCGUGAUAAGUCCUGCAUUUUCAAUGGCAUUGAAGAAUAUGUUGAUUAUCGGAUCAUUGACACUGGUGCCCCUUUUGUUGAUACCGUGAUGCGUUUUGGCAUGGGAAUUAUCUUGACGAAUGAAGAAGAGAAACGAGUUGUCUCAAUAGUUAAACCAUGCUUCGCGGCUCUUGGGCUGGCUAAUGACUUUUAUUCCUUUGACAUCGAGUGGAAUGAGUUUCAACAAAUGGAUGAUACCGACAAAACGCCCACUAUGACAAAUGCGGUGUGGCUAUACAUGAAGUGGGAAAACAUUUCCAUGGAUGAGGCGAAGGAGAGAGUUCGACAAGUCGUACGCGACUAUGAAACAGACUUCCAGCAACGAAUGAAUAUCUUCGUUGCAGACCAAGAACAAUGCACUCCGAAUCUACGCGAGUACUUGACAGCCCUGGCUUUCCAAAUUCCAGGGAACAUUGUUUGGAGUCUCUGGUGCCCGCGAUACCAUCCAGAGCUCUGUGUUGAAGGAGAGGCUCUGUUGAAAUGUGGCGCCGCCAACAGCCAAAAAAAUCCGCAAAACGAACAGGACAGAACACACUUGAUCGCAAACUCGGAGGAUCUUACUCAAGAAUACUCAGAUUCUGAGUCCAGCAGUCCUUCAUCCACGGGAACCCCCAAAUCCAGCCCUUCAAGCAGAUCUUCAGUUGCGUCAUUAGACACAUUCACCAAUGGCUCCGAAGAUCAAAAGCAAAUACAUCUGGGUACUGAGAUUCUACUUGCUCCCUUUGAGUACAUCAACUCUCUUCCCUCAAAGGGUGUCCGUGAAGCCCUGAUCGACGCUUUAAAUGUUUGGCUGGGCCUUCCAAACCGUACAGUCAAGGCAGUGAAAUUGAUAGCGCAGAAGCUACAUAGCUCGUCUCUUAUGUUGGAUGACAUCGAAGAUUCUUCGCCUCUUCGGCGUGGCAACCCUGCUACUCACACAGUAUUUGGCGCUGCGUCAACUAUCAAUUGUGCGAAUUACAUGCUCAUCGAUGUCAUGGACGAAGUCCGCAAACUCGAUGACCCUCAAUGCAUGGCUAUACUUAUAGAUGAACUUCGAAAUCUGUUCAUUGGCCAAAGCUUUGACUUACACUGGACGCGAGAGGGCGAGUGCCCUUCGGAAGAAGAAUACCUGGAGAUGGUCAGCCAAAAGACAGGUGGACUGUUCAGACUAAUUGUACGAUUAAUGUCACAGAGCGCGUGUUCGCUCGGUGAAAGAGCCAUCUCCGCAGAUUUUAUGUCUUUGAUCGGAAAAUACUUCCAAAUUCGCGAUGACUACAUGAAUUUAAUGGAUGAAGAAUAUACGAGCGAAAAAGGAUUCUGUGAGGAUCUGGACGAAGGGAAAUUUUCGUUCCCGAUCGUCCAUGCAUGGCAUUCUCAGCCAUCUGACCUCAUAUUGCGCGGCAUACUACAAGAGAGGAAAGUAUCUGGAUCGUUGUCUGUCCCCCAUAAGAAAACCGUUUUGAGUCGUUUGCGUAAUGCGGGCAGUAUGGGCUAUACUAUGAAGACUUUGGAAAGGCUGGAGACAGAUGUAUACAAUGAUCUAGACAGACUUGAAAAACAGAAUGGCUGCGAGAACUGGGUGAUGAGGCUGUUGGUUCACAGGCUGAUGGUGCGUUAG